AUGGCCUCGAGCCUUCCUAUUCCAGCACCUCCGAGGACACCCACUCCACCCACUCCUAUUCCACAAGAGAACGGCAGAUUUGCAUGGGAUAAUCAUAAUGACACUUCACGAACCGUGCACUCAGAGAUCCUUUUGGAUCCAAAUGCUCUUUCGCCUGCAAUUUCAAGCACAGGUCAAUUUGGUUCAAUGCGUACCCCGAUGUCUCCUCCUUCAGGUUUCUCGAGUCCAAACCUGCAACCGGAUGGAAUGAUGAGUGUUCCGCCUACUACCAGAGGAGCUGCGAAUCCUUUUAACUUUCAGACUCAAACUAUAAAAGAUGUGCCAAUUGCCAAAUCCAAUAUUGGCCAGCGAAGAGGUCAUAGAUACAAACACAGUAGUGUCUCGACUCAGCAUCAAAUCUUCCUUGAACCACCUCCUCGAGCACCUCUCGCCCUCCCAGCUUCCCUACCCAUUCCCACAUUCAAAGAAGCAUGGAAAAGCAUGUCCAAAGAACAAACUACUCGAAUAGCCUGGUGUCUCUGCCACGCCCUGAUAUCCGCUUUCGUUCUUUACAGCGCGCAAGGCUCUCUUGCCCUCACAGCACUAUCCCAUCUUAUAUUCUUCGAUGCCGUAUCAGCAACAAUUUGCGUCGUGGUGGAUGUAUUCUGCAAUUUCGAAGUAUGGAAACGCUCCUCCAUCCGUCAUCCAUUCGGACUCGAACGCGCAGAAGUACUAGCAGGAUUUGCCAUGUCUGUUUUCCUCCUCUUCAUGGGGUUUGAUCUCAUAUCCCACAACUUAAAACACGUUUUGGAAGGACUAGGCGACCAUGCUCCUCAUCAUCCCCAUUCCCAUCAACGAGUUAGCCCCGGCUCUGUUGAUUCCGCUGCGUUACUCUCAAUAGUAGCAACUCUUGUCUCAGCAAUCGGACUUAAAAACCACGCACGAAUAGGAAAAGCAAUGCGUUUUGCCUACAUCUCAUUUCUCCCCUCCGUCCUCUCCAAUCCCUCGCAUUUCCUAACUCUGAGCUGCAGCACCAUCAUGCUUCUCCUUCCUCUUUUAACAAUCUCCCUCUACAUCUGGCUCGACCGUCUCCUCUGUACUGCUAUUGCUCUUUCUAUGUUCCUGCUCGGAAUCCGUUUAGCUACCGCUCAGGGCCUCAUGCUUUUGAUGUCCUAUUCCGGCGCUGGAGUUUCAGAGGUCAUGAAGGAGAUCGAAUCUGAGCCAUCAGUAUCUACGGUUGAAGAAGCGAGGUUCUGGCAAGUACACUAUGGAUUAUGUAUGGCGAAUCUGAAACUAAGAGUCAGGGGAGACGAGGGAAGUGUAUUGAAAUUAAGAGAGAGAAUCAAGACAUUAGUUAGAAAUAGACUGGGUGGAGGAUAUGGAAAAGGUGCAGGGAUGAAAUGGGAAGUCACGACACAAUUGAUUGUUGAUGGGAAAUGA